AUGCCGCCCCUGGCGGCCACCAAGGUCUCCCUCCGGGAGCUGGCCGACCUCGCCAUCGGCACGCCCGAGCUGGGCACCGUCAACUUCACGGCCCUGCACACGCUCCUCGUGGCUAUACUCAAGAACCUCAACCUGUUGGACACCCCGGUCGACUUCCAGUCCACCCCGUCCCCCGAGCAGAGCCGCGUGAUGGUGGCCCAGCGGGCCUCCGCCAGCACCCCGCAGCUGGCGCCCGCCAAGGACAAGCGGCGGAGCAGCGGCGGCAAGCUAGAGGUCCAGAUGAAAGACCUGGGCAGCCAGGUGCAGGAUCUGGGCAAGCAGUUCAAGGCCAUGGAGAACCAGGUGCAGGGCAUCGUGACCCACCUGGCCAUCACGGAGGGCCACAAGUUGGGCCCGGACAUCCAGGAGUGGCCGGACGACAAAGAGGCGACCGGGCUGCCCUGGACGGCGGGAAGGGCCACAGUGAAACACCUAAAGGAGGCUGCAGAGGCCGUGGGUCAGCACCGGGCCGGCGGGAGAGACUCACGGGGCCUGAAAGACGUGACCGGAAAGGUGCUGGAAGCGCAGCGGAAGGCGCAGGAGGCCCGGCGCGAGGACGGCAAGGCCCGGCGCGAGGACGGCGAGGCCCUGCGCGAGGACGAGGAGGCCAAGAUCAAGGACGAGGAGCCGGAGCUGACACCGCAGGGCCCGGCCGGGGUCAGCCUGGGGCGCGGAGCGGGCGUCCGGGCAGGGCUUCCGCGGCUGGCUGUGUCCCCGUUAGCCUCUCACUGCUCAGCCUCGGAUUCCCGAGACUCGCCCCAGUUUCAGAUUUCAGCAGCUGGCCUGGGCUCGCUUGAGGUGCUGUUUCUCUUGGGGGUGGCGGUGCUGCUUGGAAUAUCCGUAUCUGAACUCUUCUUCCAGAAAAUCCUGCAACGGGUGGAAGAAUUAGAGAAGGCGUUCAAAGAGCAGGAGGAAUUCCUGGAUGUGGUCAGGCGGAAGCUGAGCAUAAUGCCCCCCAGCGAGGAGGCCACCAUGGUCACCUGGGAGGAGCUGGAGCACGCCAUCACUGACGGCUGGAGGGCCUCCCAGCAGGGCUCGGAGACGGCAGUGGCGCUCCCCAAACACAGAGGGCAGUCUUCCGCCGAGAGAGUGGGCGCAGGCCCCCCCUCCUCCAAGCCUCCGAGCAGCGUGGAGUCUGCUCCCGAGUCAAGCUCAGAGCAGCCCGCGCCAGAAACCGGCGGCCCCAGAUACUCCACGGACAGGGCCCCUGGCCAGGACGGAAGCAGGGCUGCCUUCGCUGCAGGGCACCCCGCCAGAGAGCUGCACCAGGCCAGCCUGGGGAAGGCGCCCCCGCACCCCGCUCCCAAGUCCAGAGCCGAUGCCGACCACCGCAGGUCCAGGGAGCACCUGAGGCGAGACCCGCGCGAGGUCCUGCCCGGGCAGCAGGACCUCGCCGCGGCCCGAGAGCCGCGCCCCUACGAGUACCCCGACCAUCACGUGGGGGUGCGCUUCAGCCAGAGCCACAUUUACCAGACGCCGGAUCAGCAGAGGCUGGGGCUGCGGGGCACGCUGCCCGGCCCUUCUCUCUCUGACACUGUGCCGCACGCGGCGAGUCAGCUGGGCAUGCUGCAGCCAGGGCCGGGCCAGGGCGCGGCCCCCCCUACCGUGAGUCCGUUCGGUGUGGGGCCGCCUCUUGUGCCUGGCACAGAGCAAGUAUUUGAGCCGCCUCCCGCGGAUCAGCACAGUCUGGGUCCCUACCAGGCUGGUCUGAUGCCGCCCGGGGCAGCCCAGCAGCUGGGCAGCGCCGCCAGUGCCGGGGGGCCUCCUGGCGCGGGCCAGCGUGGGCUGGUGCCCGUCGGCAUCGACCCCCGCGGGUUUGUGAUUUACGGCGUGGAUCAGCCAGGGUUGGUUUCCCCUCUUACAGACCAGUAUGGUUUGGCACCUGCCAGUAUGAUGCAAGUGGCCGCAGGCCAGCAAGGUCUUGUAGGGCCCAGCUUGGGGCUAUCUGGUAUCAUCCAACCUGGCCUACAGUCGCCUGAUAUGAUCCAGGCUCGGGCAGGUCAGCCCGCUGCAGUUCAGCCUGCAGCAGGCCAGCUUGGUAUGAUGCCACCCGGUGCCUAUCCAUCUAGCUUGGCACAGCCCGAAGCAGGUCAGCCUGGGGUGGACCAGCCCGGCGUGGCUGAUGUGAGCCAGUUUGCUGUGGGUCAGCCUGGCAUGGGUGAGCCUGGCAGGGUCCAGCUUGGCAUGGGUCUUCCUGGAGUGGUCCAGCCUGGUGUGAGUCAUCCUGGCAUGGAUCAACCCGGUGUGGGUCAGCCGGGUGUGGGCCAGCCUGGCACAGGUCAGCCCAGCAUGGUGGAGCCCGGUGUGGUCCAGCCUGGUGUGGGUCAGCCUGGUAUUGUACAGCCUGGUGUGGGUUAUCCCAGCAUGGUCCAGCCUGGUGUGGGUCAGCUCGGCAUGGUUCCAUUUGGUGUGGCUGAGCCUGGCAUGAUCCAGCCUGGCAUGGUCCAGCCUGGCAUGGUCCAGCCUGGUGUGGGUCAGCCCAGUGUGGCCCCAUUUGGCAUGGGUCAGCCUGGCAUGGUCCCACCUGGUCCAGAAGCUGGCCAGCCUGGCAUCAUCCAGUUUGGUGUGGGUCAACCUGGCAUGACCCAGCCUGGCAUGGUCCAGCCCAGUGUGGAUCAGACUGGUGUGGUCCAGCCAGAAGCUGGCCAGCCUGGCAUCAUCCAGUUCGGUGUGGGUCAACCUGGCAUGGUCCAGUCCAGCAUGGGUCCGCCUGAUGUGGUCCAGUCAGGAGUGGGUCAGCCUGAUGUGGGCCAGUCUGGUGUGAGCCAACCUGGUGUUGCCCUGCCCGGCGUGGCCUUGCCCGGUGUCGGUCAACCUGGCCUGGUCCAGUCUGGCAUGGCCCUGCCUGGUGUGGGUCAACUUGGGGUGGGUCAACCUGGCCUGGUCCAGCCUGGAGUGGGUCAGCCGGGCAUGGGUCAGCCUGGUCUGGUCCAGCCUGGCAUGGGUCAACCUGGUGUGGCCCCACCUGGCAUGGGUCAACCUGGUGUGGGUCAGCCUGGUCUGGUCCAGCCUGGUGUGGGUCAACCUGGCGUGGGUCAGCCUGGUGUGGCCCUGCCGGGCAUGAGUCAACUUGACAUGGGUCAACCUGGUCUGGUCCAGCCUGGCGUGGCCCCGCUGGGCAUGGGUCAACUUGGCAUGGGUCAACCUGGUCUGGUCCAGCCUGGCAUGGCCCUGCCUGGCAUGGGUCAACCUGGCAUGGGUCAACCUGGUGUGGCCCCACCUGGUGUGGGUCAACCUGGCAUGGGUCAACCUGGCAUGGGUCAGCCUGGCGUGGCCCCACCUGGCGUGGAUCAACCUGCCGUGGCCCCGCCUGGCAUGGGUCAACCUGGUAUGGGUCAACCUGGUCUGGUCCAGCCUGGUGUGGCCCCGCCUGGCAUGGGUCAACCUGGCCUGGUCCAGCCUGGCAUGGGUCAAUCUGGCCUGGCCCCGCCUGGCAUGGGUCACCGUGGUCUGGUCCAGCCUGGUGUGGCCCCUCCUGGCAUGGGUCAGCCUGGUGUGGCCCUGCCUGGCAUGGGUCAACCUGGCCUGGUCCAGCCUGGCGUAGGUCAACCUGGCAUGGCCCCACCUGGCAUGGGUCAACCUGGUCUGGUCCAGCCUGGUGUGGUCCCGCCUGGCAUGGGUCAGCCUGGUCUGGUCCAGCCUGGCAUGGCCCCUCCUGGCCUGGUGCAGCCUGGCAUGGGUCAACCUGGCAUGGGUCAACCUGGCCUGGUCCAGCCUGGCGUAGGUGAACCUGGACCUUACACGGGUCAGCCCAGCUUGGUGAUACCGCGAAUGUAUCACCCUCUUUUGGUCCAACCUAGAAUGGAUGAGCAAAGUUCAGUGCAGUCUGGGGUGGACGAGAGUGGUCCGGCCCAGCUUGGAAUGGACCAGCAUGGCUUGGGCCAACCUGGAGUAGGUCAGCAAGGAUUUGCGCAACCUGGAAUGUAUCAGCGAGGUGCGGGUCAGCCCGGUGCGGGUCAGCCCGGUGUGGGUCAGCCCGGUGCGGGUCAGCCCGGUGUGGGUCAGCCUGGUGUGGGUCAGCCUGGUGUGGGUCAGCCUGGUGCGGGUCAGCCAGGUGCGGGUCCCUUUGUCCCGGCCGGGGCCUACCCUCGGGGCCUUGUCCCGGCCGGGGCCUACCCUCGGGGCCUUGUCCCGGCCGGGGCCUACCCUCGGGGCCUUGUCCCGGCCGGGGCCUACCCUCGGGGCCUUGUCCCGGCCGGGGCCUAUCCACAUGGGUUUAUCCCGCCCGGGGCUGACCAGUACGGCUUGUUUCAACCUGGAGUAGAUCCACGAGGCUUCAUACUGCCAGACACAGACUCUCGUGGCUUUCCAGCCUUCCACGCAGACUCUCGAAGCUCCGUGCUACCGCACCAGUAUCAGUACGGUGUGGAACCCCCUGGCAGCGCUCAGCACGGCCAGCCACCAGCAGCCCUGGCCAGUCAGGGCUUGCCCCCCCGGGGUGUGCGCCGAAAGGGCUUGGUGCGCCCUGGCGCCGUCCGGCCACCAUCACGCACGCACGUGGUGGCCACGCACCCAGGUCAGCAGCCUCUGGGAUCACCCGGUCCGGAUCGGCCUGACCAGGCCACCCCGCACGUGGACGGGCCUAGCCAGGAAUACGCCACCCUGGAGUCCCAGCAGCCCCUCAGUGUGGAUAAGUUCACCCAGCUGGGCUUGGAGCCGAGCCAGCUUGACAUCUCUGUGCCGACGGCUCCGGGCCAAGCUGUCCCCCCGGACUAUGUCCAGCGAGUCUCAUCGGAAGGCGGCGUCAUUCAGGGCGACAGGCACGAUUCGCUGGAGAAACUGACUCCAAACUUCCCCUUUGCGGUGGAAACGUUUCGCCUGAUGGGAGAGCUUGUCAGCCUGUACACGGAGCUGAAGGAGAGCAUAAAGGAUCUGGACGAGGAGCAGGCCCACCUCACGGACCUCGAGAAGAUCCAGCUCGUCCUGGCCUCCAUGGUCCAGAAGACGAUGCCCUCGGACCUGCAGGAGCAGCUGAAGUCCUUGAAGAGCCUGACCAAAGACCUCCGGCAGGAAAGAGCCAAACUGGAGAGGAUUGAGAAGAUUCUGGAGAGCGGAGACCUAGAAAGAGGAAAGGAGCUGAAGCCUGACCAGCUGAGCUUGCAGCUGGGCCUCCUCAGACUCACCGUGUCUGACAUCGAGAAGGAACUGGCGGAGCUGAGGGAGAGUCAAGAGCGGGGCAAGGCCACCAUGGAAAACUCCGUGUCUGAAGCCUCACUCUACCUGCAGGGCCAGCUGGACAAGCUCCGGACGAUCAUUGAGAACAUGCUGGCCUCCUCCUCCACGCUGCUGUCCAUGAGCAUGGUUCCGCAGAAGACCCUGAUAGCCCAGUCUCCGGGCGAGGUCAACCCCAAGGCCGCCUGCCCGGCCUGCAGCCUGGACCUGGGCCACCAGGUCAGCCUGCUGGUGCAGCGCUACGAGCAGCUGCAGGACAUGGUCAGCAGCCUGGCGGCCUCCCGGCCCUCCAAGAAGGCCAAGCUGCAGGGCCAGGAUGAAGAGCUGCUGGGCCACGUCCAGAGCGCCAUCCUGCAGGUGCAGGGCGACUGCGAGAAGCUCAACAUCACCACCAGCAGCCUCAUCGAGGACCACCGCCAGAAGCAGAAGGACAUCGACGUGCUGUACCAGGGCAUAGAGAAGCUGCAGAAGGAAAAGGCCAACAGGGAGCACCUGGACAUGGAGAUCGGCGUGAAAGCCGACAAGAGCGCCCUGGCAGCCAAGGUGAGCCGCGUCCAGUUUGACGCCACCACAGAGCAGCUGAACCACAUGAUGCAGGAGCUGGUGGCCAAGAUGAGCGGGCAGGAGCAGGACUGGCAGAAGAUGGUGGACAAGCUCCUGCUGGAAAUGGACAGCAAGCUGGACCGCCUGGAGCUGGACCCGGUGAAGCAGCUGCUGGAGGACCGCUGGAAGUCCCUGCGGCAGCAGCUCAAAGAGCGCUCCCCGCUCUACCAGGCGGACGAGGCCGCCGCCAUGCGGAGGCAGCUGCUGGUCCACUUCCACUGCCUCUCCUGUGACCGUCCGCUGGAGACGCCGGUGACUGGACAGAUCAUCCCCAUGACGCCCGUGGGCCCGGGCCUGCCCGGCCACCGCUCCACCCGCCCCUACACCGUCUUCGAGCUGGAGCAGAUCCGGCAGCAGGGCCGCAGCUCCCUGAAGCUGGGCGGCCCCUUCGGCCGGGGCGACCUGGGCCAGGUGGAGCGCAGCGUGGGGCGCCUCCGCACCAUGCACUCCAAGAUGCUGAUGGACAUCGAGAAGGUGCAGGUCCACUUCGGGGGCUCGGUCAAGGCCAGCAGCCAGAUGAUCCGUGAGCUGCUGCAGGCCCAGUGCCUCGGCUCCCCCUGCUACAAGCGGGACACCUCGGACUAUACCUACUCCACGGUGCCCCGGCGCUGCGGGGGCAGCCACACGCUCACCUACCCCUACCGCCGCAGCCGCCUGCAGCACCUGCCCCAGGGCCUGUGCCCCAUCGAGGAGAUCCAGAUCGCCAUGAAGCACGACGAGGUGGACAUCUUGGGCCUGGACGGACAUAUCUACAAGGGACGGAUGGCUACACGGCUGCCGGGCGUCCUGGGCAAGGACGCCGCAGGGAUGCCCAAGAAGGCCAAGCUGUCCCGGCUGCCCCUGCAGCGCCAGCAGCCGCCCCGGGAGCACAGCCAGCUGCCCUCGCGGCCCCAGAGCGCACAGAUGCUGCCCGGGAGCAGCUCAGCUCCUUCCAGCCAGCGCAAAGACAGACCCCUGUCCUCCGAGGGCCGCCUCUCCCAGCUCAACACAGCCGGCCAGUCCAGCCCCAGCGAGCUGGGGAGCCUGCCAGAGGGGCUGCACAUGGACGUGCCCCCCGGGGAGGGGCUCGCGGAGCCCACCCGGGACCACGGUCCCAGCCGCGGACGAGCAGAGCUAUGA